CUGGAUCUUGAUGGCAAACUCCCUCUCUCUCUCGUCACACACUGGUCGUCCCGCUGGCUUCUCCAGCGCCGGCCCUCGCGUCGUCAAUGGCACUCGCGGGCAUGUCCGCGACUUGCGACAAGAUCAACAAGAUCAACAAACCCCGACUCUUUGCACGAUGCUUGACCUCAUUUUGAUCUAACACGUCAAUCCUGCGAUGCCUACGAGACACCGAGCUGUUCCCGGAGAUUACAAGCCGAAGACCUCUAGGCUGAAUCUAGAGAAUACCCUUCCGAUAGACCUGAGUCUCGCAAAAGAGCCUUCUCAGCUUCUCAGCUUGGGGUCCGGCAAUUACUAUACCUUUACGAUGACCCUUGAGGAAAAGAUUCAACAGGAUGCGUUCAUUCGUACGAACACUAUCCACCUUGCUCAUGCGUUCGACUUGCAUCGUGCUGCUCUCAAUCCUACCAAGGAUCUCGUCGUACUCCAUCGAAAUUUAACCGCAACAGAUAUGACAAAACGACAAAUGGCCAAACUCGCGCAACCUUUGUUUGGACGACGAGCUCCCAUGAUGCCCGUCAUGAAGCGCAAGGUGAUGACCAAAUUCAAGGGAAAGGGUCUCGAGAUACAAGAGGACGAAGACGAGACGGCAGGAGGCAUAUGUCUUGGUCUCUGGCGAUCCAUUGCAGAUGACUCAGCCAAUGAUGCAGCGGGCCCCUCCGUGACGCCGCCAAUAUGGGAGGUAGAUGUGAUCGGGAAGCAGCUCCUUGGUAUGACAUGGAACGACGAAGGCACGCUCCUAUCGGUCCUUCUGUCGUGCAACCCAAAGGUCCGCUCCGAUGACUCUUCGUUAUUGAAGCUGGUCCACCUCUCUCUUCAAGACGGCAGCACCGUGGACGUCUCGUACAUAAGACUAGAGAAUAGCCCUGGCUUCGAUUCGCCCGUCGAGAUGUUUUGGUCAAGCCAACUUUCCGUGAUAGAGACGCGAGACAGGCUGAGGGAUAUGCUGGAGUCUCUUCCAGAACCCGACCGUGUAGAUGAAUACCUUCCAGCAGGGCACACCACACUCAAUCAUAAUAGGUCUACAGUAGUGACGAAGCCUGCGUCAGCUCAUCCACCAUACCAUCCUGUAUUGGCUUCUUUCCCGGCUUGCUGCAAAGGGGUUGUCAGUACGAAGCUUCUGUGCGUACCGGCUCUCGCUGGGACGAACGGCGUUGGAGUUAGCUUCAUAGGCGGUGCCUUUCCUUUGCCAUAUGUGCCGGAAACACGCCAAGUAAGCUUCAACAGGAUGCUACUGGAGCGCGACACAGGGCAAUCCAGCAGAAGCGUACGCACAUCAAGUACCAGACUCACAGCCGACGAGAUCAAAGUGGCCGAUGCUAGCACCGCUACAAAAACCUACCUGAACACCGUCUUACAAGGCAUACAAACCUGUCAAGGCAUCUGGAGAGACGACAUCGAUAAAGAGCGCGUGCGAUGGCUGGACGAAUUAGGAGACGCUGCCAGGAACCAUGGUACAAAGUUCAAGGCGGCACAUGCGGACCUCACGCGGCUUUUGAUGACUGGACGUUCGGGCGAAGCAGUAGCUCAGUUCUUGGGAGGCAGGAUCACAGACAAGGUACAGUGUUUCUCGUCUCUGUACUCCAGCCCCCUCGUCAAUUUUAGGUCUAAAGCGGACCUCUGUAGACUCUAAGUGCUUGGGAGGCUACGCAGCGCUCGGCUGUAACUCGGAUACAAGACACGAUCAACUACAGCAUAGUACCGGCUUGCGAAAGGAUUAUCCUAGUGAUAGAAUCUCUAAUAGGAAUGUCUGCAGCAUCCGAGUCGAAGAAUUUGAACUUGGACAUCGCUCGUCUCAAGAAAUCCUUGAGAUGGGCGAAAUAUAUGGCUAUCAGAGCGGCUGACCUUGAUGUCGUACUGGGCGAAGAAGCCAAGCGUUUCCGUGAAUUUGCAAGAUGGCUCAAAUAUG